GCGGGCUGAAUCAAAGAACUGAAAUAAAGAUAACAAAUAAAUAGAAUAAAUAAUUAAUUAAUUACACAUUUGAUAAUUUUUCUAUAUACCUUGGUAUUUUGUUAAAUCUACUUUUGCAGACUUUAUUGUAAUUUGUACUGUGAAAAAAUGAUUGGAAUGAGAAUGAAUGCGUUUAAUGAUACUGGUCUUGGAGAACCCGAACAAGAUGCAAAUACAGCGCUUAUAGAGCUUGAUAAAGGUUUACGUUCUACUAAAACUGGAGAACAAUGCGAAGCUAUAGUACGUUUUCCUAGAUUGUUUGAAAAGUAUCCAUUUCCAAUAUUGAUAAAUUCGUCUCUUUUGAAAUUGGCUGAAGUAUUUCGCACUGGCAGUAAUUUUUUACGAGUAUGGGUCCUAAGGGUGUGUCAGCAGAGCGAAAAGCAUCUUGAUAAAAUCUUGAAUGUGGAUGAAUUUGUAAGGCGUAUCUACAGUGUUAUACAUUCAAAUGAUCCAGUUGCUAGGGCCCUUACUUUGCGUACAUUAGGCAGUGUAGCUGGUAUUAUUCCUGAAAGACAACAAGUACACCAUAGUAUAAGAAGAUCCUUGGAUUCUCAUGAUUCAGUUGAAGUAGAAGCUGCAAUAUAUGCUGCCCAAAUGUUUGCAGCACAGUCUAAGUUGUUCGCUGUAUCAAUGUGCAGUAAGAUUUCCGAUAUGAUUAGAGGUCAAGCUACACCCGCCUCGAUGAAAUUGCAGCUUAUACCAAUUCUACAAUACAUGCAUCAUGACAUUUUUACAGCAUCAAUGGUAAAUGAAUUAUGUAUGGAGCUCCUUGCAAGUUAUCCAGCAGCUGAAUUUGUUAGAGUCACUCUGAGUGCACUAAGUACACUGGCCUCUGCAACAUUAAUAGAUGUGCCACAACAGGUUGUGUUAUUAUUACGCUAUUUGCAAGAUGAUCCGAGAUUGUCCGUAAAACGUCACGCCUUACAUCUUCUGCAUAGUUUAGCGAGAAGAGGAGCGCAUCUCUGGCCGCAGGGUGCUCUUAGUAAUUUAAUUGAGAGUACCACGACACUUUUGCAAGAUGGUGCAGGACAUACAGAUCUUCUUAUACGCACUUUAGAUGUAAUUGAGGUCAGUUAAAUCAAUAAAGAUCACAUUCAGUUGCAAAAAUUU